AUGGACGAAAUCAUCGAAUACGGCUCCAUCGAAGCGAUUCCCAGGUACAACUGCAGGUAUGUCACAGAUUUGGAAAUCACCAGUAACUGAAUUUCCAGCGGUCACAGCUCUGAAAUGUGGACCGAGUUUUUUGAGGUGCGACAUCCCAUUAUUGGCACUUUUGAUGUCUUGUUCGGAUUUAUCAUCAACGUUUGUGUUUUUUUUCUUUUAGUCGACUGUACUCGAUAUUCAGAUUCUCUAUAUUCCAAUUCUAGCCGUAAUGUACCAGCCGAUGUACUUCAAAAUGUCCUGCUUUAAAAUCAUGAUCUUUCUCGGAGUCAUCGACAUGCUCGCACUUUAUGUCAACUCUAUCAUAACUGGAGUACUAGCCAUCCAGGGUACCGUCUGGUGCACUUUCCCCAAUUUCAACUACAUUGUCGGAAUGAUCAUUUUGAGAUUGUGGUGCUGUUCAUGUUGUUCGGCUCUGAUGCUCGUGGCGAACAGACUGAUGGAUCUGACCAAGCCUCAGUGGGCAAUGAUUUGGUUUGAAGGGUGAGUAACGUCGAAGCAGAUGCUCAAGAAAAUUUGGUUACGUCUGACGCGCUGAAUCAUGAUGAAUGAUGGAAUAAUGCGCCCGUGUUAGAAAAAAACAGACUUUCAACAGUCCGGUCUGGGCCAACACUUAAAAUUCUCCAGAUGUUUUCAGAAACAGAACCUAUAUUGCUCUCGCUGUAUCAGUUAUGUACGGUCUGUACUUCACACUCUUCACAAAUCCUGUCGGCUUCAACUCGAAAUAUUACACAUGGCUAUUCGAUCCAAUAAUUGAUAGAAACCCAUCCGCCGAUGUAGCUUACACAAAUUUGAAAGGGAUCAUCUGAAUGUUCGAAAAUUUACAGUACCAUAACAUCGCGCACAGUAUCAACAACUUGUUGGUGGUGGCCGUCACUUGUAUCCUGUACACUUGGCUUUACGUGGUCAUUGGCGAACAGAUCAGAAUGUCUACGCGGGCCACUCAGAGACAAAACUUGGUUUUCAGUCUGUCUACACUUUUAAGCCCAAACGGAAAUUGCAGAGUCUCCAAAUCCUGGUUCAAUCUACGAUGAUCUGCUCGAUCAACCUCGUCGCGUCUUGUGUGUUUGUACUCAUGAACUUUGUCGAACUUCCAAUAUGGGUCAUAAUAGUGACACACAAAGCUUGGCAGUUCAUCCACGGCGCUCCUGUCAUCAUCUACUUGACAUUGAACAAAACGAUCCGCAGCGGUGUACUCAAGAAGUUGCAGUCCGACAUUAAGAUCUAUCGCUCCAGGUCCGUGGCUCCCCAAUAA